AUGAGUUAAGACAAAAAGUCUUUUUUUGAUUUUACUUCUCCUUUUGAGUUAGAGAGAAAAAUAGAAAUUUUUUAGUAAUCCCACAAAGAGCAGUUCUUUGUUCCAAAAAAAGACAAAUUAAAAAUGAAGACACUAGUUUUGUAAAGAAACUAUCUUAUCAAAUUCAACUAAAAGGUAAAAUAUAUUACUAAAGCAAGCGUAAUUUAUUAAAGUACUUUAAUCUGACUAAUGCAUUACUUGAAUUUGUUACUCAUCCAAAAAUGGGUCUGGGCAUUUCCCUAACUAAAAAUGGUGGAAAUUUUAUAUUUUAUGGUGAUGUUGAAUUAUGGUUUACUUAUAUAAAGAAAUGGUGUAUCUAAGCAAAUUUUUCUAAAGAAUACUCCAUCAUAAAAAUGAUUGGAAAAGGCAGUUUUGCUAAAGUACUUUGAACUAUGGAUUUUUAGGUUUUUAAAAUUUAAAGAAUUAGUGAUAGAAAAGAAUUCGCAGUUAAAGUAUUUGAUAAAUCGAUAUUGAAAUGUUAAGAUAGGCCAGCACUUUUAAAAGAAAUAGAACUUCUUAGGUUAAUGAAUCACAAAAAUGUUGUAACUAUUUUAGAAACUUAUGAAAAUGAUCAAUAUAUCUAUUUAGUCUAGGAGUUAUAUUAAGGGGGAGAAUUACAUCAAGAAUUAAAGAAGAGUAAAACCUUUUCUGAAAGAGGAGCUUUUAUAAUAAUUUAAUAAGUUGUUGAAGCUUUAAUAUAUGUCCAUUAUCAAGGAAUAAUUCAUAGAGAUAUAAAACCAGAAAAUAUUAUUUUGAAAGAAGAUGGAAUAAUUGAUUAAGUGGUUUUAGCUGAUUUUGGAUUAGCAGACUAUUAUAGAAAGGAUUGUAAAUAUAUGUUUACUAGAUGUGGAACACCCGGUUACGUUGCACCAGAAUUAUUAUAAGAUAAAAUUUAUGAUCAUAAAGUUGAUGUAUAUAGUUGUGGUGUUUUACUUUAUUAUCUUCUAAUGGGAAAAGGACCUUUUGAUUCUAAUAAUUAUGAUUAAACAGUAAAAGCAAAUUUUAAUGGAUAAGUUGAUUUGACAUAAAUAUAUUUUACAAAUGAAUGUCUUGAUCUUUUAAGAGGUAUGCUAGAUCCAAACCCUUAAAAUAGAUUCACUUUUGACCAGGUUAAGUAAAGCUCAUUUUUUAAAAAACAUUUAUUUAAUAAUAAAUAAAGGAAUAGUUAAUCAAGUUUAGGAAGCGUUAAUAUUCAAUGUGAUUCAUAAAAUUAAUCUCCAUAAUAUUCACCAUAUUAAGAAUAAAAAUAUUCACUCGAAUAAAAAAAGAGGAUUGUUUAAUAUAGUUCUCCACAAUAAUCACCUUUUAAACUCGAUUCACCCAAUUUAUCUCCAUUGACAGAUCCUUUGCAAAAAAUCCCCAAUUUAUAGAGAGUACCGAUUUAGAUAUGA